AAGAUAUUGUAUCAUAUGGAUUACAUAAUAUUUCCUAUGCCUUAAAAAAAAAUAAAUUAAAUAAGUAUAUUAAAAGACAUGAUACCUUGGAUCUUAAUUAAACCCUACAAAUUUCAAUUUCGAUUCUCAUUUUGAGCAACAUGUUUCAACAAAACGGCAGAACUUAUCAACUUUUAAUAAUUUCUCACACUUUUGUUUUUUUUAUUUAAGCUCAUGUCACCCAAAAAAAAAAAAAAAAAAAAAAUUGCUUAACGCGGGUACCUCAAUUGGAUCAACGUACCUAAGUAGACCCAAUGAGGUUUUUGUUUUUACUUCCUCCUUAGGUAAAAACAGUCUAUAAAUCUUCCUCGCCCUUGUCCUCUUCCCUCGUAGCAAUUUCUAGGUGUAAUAGCUUUAAAGAAUGGGUUUCAAUUCAGUAUACAAGACUUUGAAGGAGCUAUUUCCUCAGGUGGAUGCUCGUAUUUUGAAAGCUGUAGCUAUCGAACAUGCAAAGGAUCCUGAUGAAGCUGUGGAAUCAAUUCUUACUGAUGUUCUCCCUUUUAUUAGAGAAAAGUCUGAUCCUGAUCCCGUUGCUCCUAUUGUUGAACACGGUAGGAAUAUGGUUGAAGUACAAGUACCAAGCUCCUCUAUUCUGGAACCAGCUGCAGGAGAAGAUGCUAAUGAUUCUCAUCUGCUGAAUGAUGCCCAUAAUAUUGAUGGUGAUUCUUUGGCUUCAUCCUUCUAUGAUGCAAAUGACAUUGAUGACUUACAAAAUGGAAACACCAGAAAUGAUGAUUUGGUGUCAUUAAGAUGCAAAGAAUCUAUUGAUGAUUUCAUUCAGGAUUUCAAGGAGGGUGAAACCUCUGUCCUUUCUCAUAAUUCUCUGAAUGAAAGAACUGAUGUUCAUGUAAGAUGUGAAAAUACAAUUGCUGAAGCUAGUCAGGCUGAAAAGGUUGUUGCAUCAGGAAGUUUGAUUGAUGAGAGUAUCAAUGAUGACCGCAUUCAGAAAUUUGGGGAUUAUGAGCUUGAAGCCUUUGUUCUUUCUCGUGAUUAUGAGGACAAAAGACCGGAUGUGCAUGUAGAAAAAAAUGACGAGGCUUCAUCAUCAAAGAUAGAUACCGAGUCUUCUGAAGCUGAUGUCAGCUUAAAUAAUAAUUGGGAUGUGAAUCACAAUGAUGUUAAUGAUGCUCCAGAAUUUGACUAUCAGCAGAAGCAACAAUCUUUAGGUUGCAACUUGUUGGGAUUGAACAUUUCUGCCGAUCCAGGCUCAAUAUCUGUCACUGAGCCAGAAGCUGAGAAUGUAAUGGCCAUUUCUGAUGUUGAUAAUAAACACAUGAGUAGCUAUGCAGAUGCUGAUUUCUCACAGGAUUUUUCUUUGGCCGAUGUUGGUGCUGAGGAUGAGAGUCAUGAGAUUACAUUAAGCACUAUAGUAACACAUUCUGGCCAAAUAUGCAGAAUUAACCUGGUGGAGGACAUUAUUAAAGAUGCAAAAAAUUACAAGGAUGUGCUGCUUUCAGCCACGGAAUCAAUAUUGAGGUUGAUUGAGGAUGUUGAACAUCAGGAAAAAGAGGCAGAAAAAGCUAAAGCUGCUGCUGCCAGGGGAGGGUUGGACAUCCUAGAGAAGGUGGAAGAAAUAAAAAAGAUGCUUAAACAUGCAAAGGAAGCAAAUGAAAUGCAUGCUGGCGAAGUGUAUGGGGAGAAGUCCAUUUUAGCAACUGAAGUAAGGGAGCUUCAGACACGUCUCCUUGGUCUGGCAGAUGAUAAAGAUAAAUCACUUAUUAUUCUAGAUGAGACGCGGGAAACUCUUGAAGCUAGAUUAGCUGCAUCUGAAGAAGAGAGGAAGGCAGCUGAAACAGAGAUGCUUGAGAAGCAAGAGAUAGCAAAAGGGGCUCUUGCUGAGCAAGAACUCGUUAUGGAGAGAGUGGUCCAAGAGUCAAAAUUAUUGCAACAAGAAGCAGAGGAGAAUGCCAAGCUAAGGGACUUUCUUAUGGAGAAAGGUCGUGUUGUUGAUGAACUGCAGGGAGAAAUAUCUGUUAUUUGUCAGGAUGUGAAGUCAUUGAAGGAAAAAUUUGACCAACGUGUAUCUCUUAGCAAGUAUCUUUCCAUUGAGCAGACAAGUUUUCGUAUGGCAUCGUCGACUUCUUCAGUAAAGAGCAUGGCUUCAGAUCCUGCAACUGGGCAUAUGGAGUUACCAGAGACACCUAAUAAAAUGAGCCGAGCACCCUCAGUUGAGUGUCAAACACCUAAAAGCAAUGUUGGGGAGGAGGCUGUUGGAUCUGGAGCUACUCCUGUCAAGGAGCUUUUGGACGAGGACUGGGAACUUUUUGAUUUUUAGAAAAUUACCUUUGCAAAUGCCAGUUUGUGAAUAUUUGGAAUGUUAAAUAAGUUCAGUCACUACGAUGUUUCGUAUUUGAGUGGCUUAAGUUGAGCAUUUUUCCUGCUGCGUAAAUUUGUAUAUAAUCCAACUGCUAACUGAUUUUUCGGCAAUGGUGAAUUUCCAAAGAGUAUCUGCUUUUGAUUGCUGUGUGCUCUUCUCAAUUCA